CAGAGAUUUGCUCCUCCGGUUGCUGAUACUUCAUCUACUCGUAGAGAUGAUGAUGCCGUCGACUCUUGAUACAUCGUAGAUUGUGUACUUACGAUUUUGAGAUGAAUGUUUUUAGAUUGUUUUAAAUUUUUUUUUUUGAUACUUACCUCAAUUUCCAAAAUACGAUUAUGCCAGAACUUUGAUAAGUAUAGAUCUUGGAAAGGACUUUAAUUAGUAUGUUCUAUGUUGACUUGACAGGAACAUGGUUUCCAAAAUCUUAUGUAUAACAAUUAGUUUGUAGAGUUUGAUCGGUUUAAGAUAGAUAAUGCAGAUUCGGUCAACCUCAGCCAAAGGAAGAAACACUAUCUAGACACUCCACUCCAUUUUAGGUCCUAACGGGCUCCAGGGCCAAUAGACCGGUCCCAUUACUGGUAUAAUGGAGAAAUGGAGCCAUCAUCACUUACAGAAAGGAGCACUAGCAGAGAUUCCACAUCCAAAAAUUUGUGCUUCUGAGAAAGCUCAAAUUUCUGCCCAAUUGAUGGAGCACUUAAUCAGGUCUUGUCUAGGUGAUAUCCGUAAGACUCUUAUGCUUCUUCAGUUCUGGUGCCAGGGCAAGAGAGACCAUACAGAAUGCCCCUCUCAAUGCUCAAGGAGAUGCUCGAAUACCCAAUACCACAAGCCAUGCAUGUUCUUCUGCCAGAAAUGCUGCAUGAAGUGCCUCUGCGUGCCCCCAGGCUUCUAUGGGAACAAAGGUGUCUGCCCCUGCAAGCAGCAGAAGGCUUCUAUGAGAACAAAGGGUCCCGAGCAAGCAGCAGAGCUUGGUUGACUGGGCUCGCCCCAAGCUUAAUGACAAUAUUGUAGAGAUGAUGAUGCCGACCCUUGAUACAUAUUGUAGAUUGUGUACUUAGGAAUUUGACUUGUAUGUUUUUAGAAUGUUUUUGAAGUACAAUGUAAUCAAAUAUGAUAAUA